AUGUCAACCUAUUCUGAAGACCAUUCAUCUGAAAAUCAAACAGUAUUUGUUAAUAUAAUUAAUCAGUAUCCUGUUUUGUUGGAAAAAUGUAACAUCCCGGAAAUCAAAAAUAAACGACGUAAGGCGGUUGAAGAAAUAAAAGAAAAGGUGCUGUUGUGGCAGGUUGCCCACAAAAAAUCAGAAUGUUCUAAAGAAGAAACAAUCACCGAAGAAGCAUCUGGAAGUUCAAGACCAGUACUGAAAGCUACCACAAUGAAAGCCGGACCCAGGACCCAGUAAGGAGCCUUCUAAAAAAAAAGAAAACGAGGAUUAGUGGAAACCGAUGAAACACGGGAUUUAUCAAUAACAGAGCUCCAACGUCUCAUUUUACUUGAACAACUACAAGUGUUUUGGCUAGCUAAGGAACUGCUACUUCACAAGGAAUCUGAAUCUGAUCCAAAUUUAUCAACUUUAAAUGAAUGUGCAGAAACUGG